GAUGGAAAGCCGCAACUAGGAUUAAACGCAGCCUAGGACCCCGCCAUGCGCGUCAAGAUUACAAGUACCGGAAUUUCCUUCGAGUCCCCGUUGAGGCGCGAGGAGCUCACAUCCAUGAGCAACGACUGAUUCGAACCUACAUCCAAACGACGCGAAACCCAACUGGAAAUGAAAAUGUCCAUAACCACACCGACGCAGUCCGGCACCGGCUUCCUCAGCUUCAACUCCCUCCCUCCGCGCAUCUGGCUGACCGCCACCUCCCCGCAUCCGCCCGAAAAAGCGCUCCUAGCCUGGAAGGAAGAAGGCUACGACACUAGCUAUCUUCCCUACAACCCCUCAGACCAAGCGAGCUACAUCCGCACGCUCAAGCACCUGCACGACGACCUCGAGCUCGGCGAAACGUACGCCAUCCUAUGCUAUGGCGAUGCCGCGAGCGUGGUGCUCAAGGUCGCCAUGAAGCCGCUAAACAAGUGUUGCGCCAUUGUCGCGUUCUACCCGCCUGUGCUCCCCGCUCCCAAGACGAAGUUCCCAACCCUGCUGCAGUUGCAAGUCCAUGUUGCCGGGAGGAGCCAGGUUAGUCCGCCGCCGGAGAUGUGCGAGUGGCGAUUGUACCGGUAUGAUAGAUGCGCGACAGGGUUUGCGGAUCCAACGGCGAAGACAUACUCGGAGGUUGAGGCGAACCUGUCGUGGAGCAGGGCGCUGGGGUGUGUAAGGCGAGGAUUCAAGAGAGAGGUCGAUCUUGAACCCGUGGUGCAAGAGGCGUGGAACGCGAAGUAUAACGACGAGGUUCCAGAGCGAGGGAGCAUGGCUGUGGUCAAGAACAUGACGCAGAACAGUCCCCAUGUUACCCUUCUCCCCACACUAGAAGGUGGCGUUGGAAGAAGGAAGCUAGAAGAAUUCUACCGCGAGUUCUUCAUCCCGAGCUUAGUCGAUGAUUUCGAAAUCCGGUUGGUUUCGCGUACCAUGGGCGUUGAACGCGUUGUCGAUGAGAUGGUGGUAUCGUUCACGCAUUCGGAUGAGGUCGACUGGAUACUGCCGGGCGUACCACCAACGGACAAGCAUGUCGAAAUCGCUGUCGUAAGCAUCGUCGCCGUGCGGGGAGGCAAGCUGGUAUCAGAGCAUAUGUACUGGGAUCAGGCUUCCGUAUUAUUGCAGGUUAGUCUCUUAGAUCCAAAAGCGGUCCCGAAGAAUCUCAGGAAGGAUGGCCUCAAACGAUUGCCGGUGGCAGGCGCAGAAGCUGCCAAACAGCUGGUGGAGCCUAAGCAAGAAAGGUACAACAGCCUGCUGAAAGAGCAUGGGCUCAUGUCCGGGUUGAACGGUGUGAACGGGAUAAACAGCUCGUAACAAACCCGGGCGAAAGCUUUUCGGAUUUUGGAGUCUGCAUGCCUUCACUCCACAAAUAUUUGGUUGGGAUAUUCUGUAGGAAGGUGGCAUCUGGUUUUAGCGUUGGCGUACGAAUGUGGGCGUCUGGGGUCUCUCAGCCGAUAAAGCUGCACGUGGGUAGUUUGUAUUUAUCGGGAACCCAAUAUUUCCUCUUCACUCCAUCCCAUUCUCCUUCUGCGUCAAGGUCUGGGAUCGGUAUCGUUUCCCAUUCAGUGUC